AUGCCUUCCGUUCUAGUUGUUGGGGCAACUCGAGGCCUGGGAUUGGCCUUGACCUCAUAUUAUGCCACCAAGCUGUCGUACACCGUCUACGCAACAUCUCGCUCCUCCAACACGCCAUCUGACCCAAAAGCAGAUAAAAUAUCCUGGAUUCCAGACAUUGACCUUUCAAAGCCCAGUGCCGGGUCUGAUCUCGCGUCCGCGCUCAAGGGCAAAACCGUCGACACAGUGAUCAUCACCGCUGGCUACUUUGCGACGGAGGACUUCGGUGAGGCCAAAUGGGAGGAGGAGGUCAAGAUGUACACUCUCUCGGCUGUUGCCCCUAUCUUCGUGGUACAAGAGCUUGUGAAGUCGUCCAUCUUAUCCAAGAGUAGUAAGGUGGUGCUUGUAUCGUCCGAGUCGGGCUCAAUCACCCUCAGGCACGAACAGGAAGGUGGAGGCAAUUUUGGUCAUCAUGGCUCAAAAGCCGCAUUGAACAUGGUCGCCAAACAGCUGUCGUUUGAUCUCAAGGACAAAGAUAUCGCGGUGGUCUCCAUUCAUCCAAGUUUCAUGAGGACUGAAAUGACCAAGGGGGUCGGUUUCGACCAAUUCUGGGAUGCGGGCGGUGCUCUCGAACCAGAAGAUGCUGCCCGCAUAACGGCCGAUUGGGUGGAGAAGGAGUUUUCCAUCGACAAGACUGGCACGUACUGGGCUCCUAGAGGCACUCGGGACAUCGGCAACUGGGAUGUGGUCGUCGGCAAAGGUAAGGCGAAGGAGGGUCCUGUCCAGCUGCCCUGGUAG